AUGACACCCGCUCAGUCACCUAAAUGGCAGUCAGUCGGCCGCUCGGGGAGUCGGACAAAGGCGAGGAGCAGCGGGGGCCGGUACAGUGUAAACGCGUUGUACAGUAUGGCUGCAGAGCAGGACACGGACGUGGACGAUGAUCUCGCCAAAGCCCAGAAACGAUUACGAGACCUUAAGAAUAAAAUAUCAGUGCAGUCGAAGAAGAACUUUGUGCUUGAGCGGGAUGUGCGGUACCUUGAUUCAAGGAUAGGGUUGCUCAUCCAGAACAGGAUGGCUUCAGACGAGCAACGCGAGGUUGAGCGUACAUUCGAGGAAGUCGAUCCCACAGCAGGACAUUACCCUGACGAAAGGCGGCUUGCCCAAUACUCGAACCUCUUCUUCCUCCUCCAAUCCGAACCACGGCACAUAGCCUCGCUAUGCCGUCUCGUCACUCUCAGCGAGAUAGACACGCUCCUCCAGACAGUCAUGUUCACUCUCUACGGAAACCAAUACGACUCACGCGAGGAGCAUCUUCUUCUGACAAUGUUUCAGUCCGUAUUGUCCACGCAAUUCGAAACUGCGACAGAUUUUGGGUCGCUGAUUCGGACGAAUACACCUGUGUCGAGGAUGAUGACGAAUUACACAAGAAGAGGACCCGGGAAAGGCUAUUUGAAGGAGGCACUAUCUGAGUGCAUCAACAGUCUGAUCGAGCAUAAGGACCUAGAUCUGGAGAUCAACCCAGUGAAGGUGUACGAGCAAAUGAUAAGUCAAGUAGAGGAAGACGAUGGGUCGCUCCCUGAUCAUCUCCCAAGGGGAGUAACACCUGAAGUUGCUGCAGAAAACGCGGAGGUCCAGGCAAUCAUUGCACCGCGCUUGGCACUCCUUAUGGAAAUCGCGAAUAGCUUCCUCAUGGCCAUCAUCGACUGCCUGGAUAGCGUGCCAUACGGCAUCCGGUGGAUAUGUAAACAAAUUCGAAGCCUUGCACGGCGGAAAUAUCCAGACGCGACCGAUUUUGCUAUAUGUUCGUUAAUUGGAGGGUUCUUCUUCCUUCGGUUUGUCAACCCUGCCAUUGUUACUCCGCAUGCGCACAUGCUCGUCGAGGAGAACCCGUCAAAACAUCCGCGGAGGACACUCACGCUAAUCGCCAAAAUGCUGCAGAAUCUGGCGAAUAAGCCAACAUACGCCAAGGAAGCAUUCAUGAUGUCCCUCAAUCCAUUCGUUGAGAAUAACAAGACGCGGAUAAAUCAAUUUCUGAACGGAUUGUGUGAAGUUGGCGAUUUUUAUGACCAGUUAGAGAUCGAUCAAUACAUGGCCCUUUCGAAGAAGGACCUCACGAUCAACAUAACGCUUAACGAACUGUACAAUACACAUGCCCUUCUGGAGCAGCAUAUCGAGACGCUGGCCCCUGGCGACAAGCAACACCUUCGUAUCCUUGCUGAUGAACUUGGGCCAGCCCCCCCUCAAGUUCCCCGUAAAGAGAACAUCUCGAUAGAACUCAACCUGUUCAGCCGUUGGGAGACGGCGGUGCAGGAUAUGCAUACUGCGCUCAUGGACACUGUGUCCUCCAGCGAUAUGCUCUAUAUGGAAGCGAAGUCUAUUCUAGUGCAGCUCAUCCGUUCCAUCCCCCGUGCAGUUGACAAGCGUCCGUACAACCUCAUUGCGAUCGCCGAGCGCGCUGCUACCACCAAAGACGCCUCCCUCGUACGCAAAGGCAUCAAAGUUCGUGAAAUGCUCCGCGAGCUCGAAGAACAGCGUGUCAUCGAUUCCUCGGAUAGCUACAAGCUCAUGCAAGAGGAAGUCGCUGCUGAACUCAUCCAUCUGGGGAACCUGAAGGAGAAGGUGUUGGCGGAGACGACAUCGUUGCAGGCCGUCUAUCGAACGAUCAGUGACCACAAUGACUAUCUCAGAAGUCAGCUGGAGCAUUACAAAGCGUAUCUACAGAAUGUCAGACUGACGGCGUCCAGCGAGAAGGCGGCGGGGAGUGGAGUCGGAGUGGUAACCGUAGGAGGAAACAAAGCGAAGCCAGUGAAGCAGACGUUCCUGGGUCCUUAUAGGUUUACGCACUCACAGCUGAUGCAAGAGGGGAUCAUUGUUGACAGCAAGGUGCCAGAGCAUAGACGUCCAAACAUCUACUUCAACAUUUCUUCUCCAUCUCCAAGUACAUUCAUUAUUGCCCUGCAUUACAAAGGGAGAGAAAAACCAAUCCUUGAACUCGAUCUGAAGCUCGACGAUUUACUAGAAAAGCAAAAAGACAAUAAGCCGCUUCUCGACCUGGAGUACGUUCAACUGAACGUACCGAAAGUCCUGAACCUGCUCAAAAAGAUAUUCAGCAAGCGAUGA